AUGCGGAUACAGCACAACUACUACGGAAGUGGUCAGACACCGGUCAAUGGCACCCAAUAUGACUACAUAGUGGUUGGCGGGGGAACCGCUGGAUGUGUUGUCGCCUCACGAUUGGCACAAAAUCCGGCCAUAAAUGUGUUGCUUCUGGAGGCGGGCGGACCCCAGAGUGUGAUCACUGAUAUGCCCGGAAAUACCCUGUUUCUAGUGGGCGGGGAAUUUGACUGGAACUACCACGUCGUCACACAGACCAGUGCCGGACUCGCUUAUCCCAACUUCUUCAUCUCCAGAGGCAAAGUGUUGGGCGGGUCGUCGGUCACCAAUUGGGAUAUCUAUAACAGAGGCAAUCGUCGCGAUUAUGACAAUUGGGCGCAGAGUUACGGUCUGACGGACUGGACGUAUGACAAAGUUUUGCCGUACUUUUUAAUGUCCGAAAACAAUACGGACGCCUCCGUCGCCGCCAACACAGCUUAUCAUAACACCGGCGGUCCUAUCCAUGUGUCGACCGAAACCAUUCCCGAUCCGGUGGUCGUGUCCUUCAUAGAGGCGGCUAAUAGUCUCGGUAUACCUAUUGUCGACAUUAAUGGCGAACAACAGUUUGGGACGACAAUAGCGCAGAUGUUUUGGGACAACAGCACCGGCAUUAAGUCGACGACAGCCAACGCAUACAUUGAACGCUAUAAUCGCACUAAUCUUCGUGUCCUCACCAGAGCUCAUGUCCGCAAAAUACUGAUUGAUAACUCGUCGGUCAAUACUCCCAGAGCUUAUGGAGUAGUCUAUAGGAGGAAUGGUGUCGACGAUGUGGUCGCUGUCGCCAAUCGCGAGGUCAUUGUCAGCUCAGGCCCCAUAAAUUCACCACAAGUGUUAAUGUUAUCGGGAAUCGGUCCCAGAGAUCACUUGCAAUCGUUGAACAUACCGGUGGUGGCGGACCUCCCGGUGGGCGACAACCUUCACGACAUG